UUUCAAUAAUGCAUUAUCUUGGUUGGGUUUGCUAUCAGAUGCCCAUUGCUUCAUGUUACACAAUGGGUUUACUCAUAACUCAUCCCCCUUCUUCUGGUUUGAAGGACAUGUCAAGGACAUCCUUAGUACACCAUAUCUGCAUCUCAAAUGACAAUCUAUUCCCUAUAUAGUGCACUACUUUUGACCAGAGCCCUGCACUGCAUAGGCAAUAGGGUGCCAUUUGAGAUGUAGACAACAGUUGUUUUCAGCCGUGUUCGCCUGCUGCAUCUUCUCUUUGUGAGAGUUGGUAUGUCAGGGAGAAAGGGAUGAUUGCCUACAGCUCCUUGGCUACAUAUUUGAAUUCCCUACAGUAUGAAGGACUGAUAUCCAGACAACCAGAGUUGAGAGAAGGGGGAGUAAGAUAGAAAGGAAAUAAGAUAUAGGGAGAUAUUGUGUGUAUCUGUCUGCAUGUCUGAUCCAGUCCGUUCAACAAGGACUGUUGCUUCUUGUUCCUGUCACCACUGAUCCUCAUUUCCUGGUGGGGGACACAUUCACAUUACCAUUCCACAACAUUUACAUGAUGUCAUAUCAUAAAAGUGAUCUUGUCUGUCCUGGGUCGUGUUCAUUAGGACAUAACGCAAACCCUUUCAAAACGUUGUGCUAUAGACAAAAGAAAAGUUUCUUAUUGGACAUUUCCAGGUAAUCCCUCCCUGUUUCAGCUGAUUUUCUUGUGUUUGGUGCAAAACGAACACGACCCUGACUUCAUUCCUGAGACUAAAGUAUGUAUUUGCUGAAUUUUAAAUUCAUCCCAUCAAUACCUCAAUUUCCCAAGGCUUACUUCCUCUACUCUCAAAGACAUCAUUAUUCAGUUCAGUUUUUCAUCCUCUCAGUCUACUUAUCAUGCAAAGGUUGGUAGAUGAAUAUACAUUGAUGUCAGUAAUGGAUGGAUUUUUGUCUGGAUUAUUCAACUAUUUCAAGGAGGUUAUUACUGCACCAGCUCUGCCUCUGUCUCUCCUGUUUCUUUCUCCCUGCUAAAUGAGCUAAAUGUAUCCUCCGGGCGAAAGCACCUGUCACCUGACGAGGUCUAAUGGCUUUAAUGGGGAAAGGAGUAAAGCAUUCAUAACUGUUAAAAGCCUCGCUUUCCCCCUUCAAACAAUGUGAUUCUCUAUAUGAUUGGCAGCUCUGGCCGAUCAGUAUCAUGAAAUGUUCGCUCGCUCAACUUAUCCAAACAUCAGAGCUCCACCUAGUGGCUGCUGUGGGAAUGACCGUUGAUUAAGCUUCACUCCUAAGAUCACUGAUAUACAUCUACAUAGAUAAGGUGUGGCUGAAAUACAACGUCCUCAUCAUGGAGAACAGUUGAUUAUGUUCUCUCUCUUUCUCUCUCUCUCUCUCUCUCUCUAGAAUGACAUGCCCAUCUCUUUUCUCUAUCCCUCAGAUCUUUGACAGCGAGCCCAAAGGGGAGGAGGAGAUAGAGGUGUGCUUAGUGGAUAUCGCCUACGACGAGAUCCCAGAUCGCUACUACAAGGAGUCUGAGGACUUGCGGUACUUUAAAUCAGAGAAGACAGACCGGGGUGUUCUGCAGGAGGGCUGGAUCGACAACCAGGAACCCAUCAUGUGCUCCUACAAACUGGUGACAGUCAAGUUCGAGGUGUGGGGUCUUCAGACACGGGUGGAGCAGUUUGUACACAAGGUUAUCCGUGACGUCCUGCUCCUAGGACACAGACAAGCCUUUGCCUGGGUGGAUGAGUGGAUUGAAAUGACCAUGGACGAGGUGAGAGAGUACGAGCGGGCCACCCAGGAGGCCACCAACCGUAAGAUCGGCCCCUUCCCCCCAUCCAUCUCCAUCACCGAGACCCCCUUGGCCUCAGUGGCCCGCAACGGGCCCUCCAGCGCCCCCUCCACCCCCCUCUCCACGGAGCCUCCAGAGUACCUCUCCGUGCCCAAGGACCGACCCAGGAAGAAGUCAGCCCCAGAGACCUUGACCCUCCCCGAUCCCAAUCGCAGGGACUCAGGCUUCAGGCUGGCUAGCAUCUUCUCCUGGGGCUCAACCCCUAGCCCCCAGCCUGAAUGAGAGGGGGACCCAUAGGUGUGGUAUACACCUAUCUACAUUCAGGGAGUGGCCAUUUUGUCCCCUAGACAACUUAUGUAAAAGGGAGUGUUGUUCACAGACCUCCUGUAACUUGGUGGUGUGGUAAACGCCUCUCCACAGACAGUUGCUGGUAUCACCCUGAAGCCAGCCACUGUCACCAACUAACUGUGUCUUGGUCUGCUUUUGCAGAGAGAGAGUCAGUCUGAUCACCACGCAACACUUGGAGAGGAGUCUCAAGGCACACACCAAAUACAUGUACGUGCAAACACACACUCACGCACGCACACACACACACACACACACACACACACACACACACACACACACACACACACACACACACACACACACACACUGAGUGUCUUUUAAAAACCUCUUGAACCUCUCCAUUGGUCCCAUUAAAACACAGCAACCAGCACCAUCUACCAGCCAGAAAGCUCAUGUGGAGGUCAAUUAUAGUCUGAUUUAAUUUAGUUCACAUUCCUCUGAAUACUUUGCUUCUCUUCAGUGUCUCAGUCCUCUUUCAUCUCAGUUGAUACUGUAUCUCAGGGUUUGUUACCUAGAUACACAGAGAUCUGAUAAAUAGACUCUUCAAUCAACACACUCAAUCUUUCUUCAUAUGGAUAUAAAUGUGUGGGAUGAUCAAACUCAUUUCCUCCUCUCUCCUUGCAGUCAAGCCCUCUUAUUGGUUGGAAAUUGACGCCAUGUAAUUUCAGAUGUAAUUGUGUGUUGGUUGUUAUUCAUGGUUUGUUGUAGGUCGCUGUGAACAGAGUAAAACAGUGGAUUUCAGGAGAGUGUUAUUUUAUCCUGUUUUGUUUUGUAAAUAUGUAUAUUUAAGAGUUAUCUAUUGUAAAAAUGCUGAAUUCAUUGAUGUCUUUCAAUGCUAUGGAAUUGCUGUAAUCUCUGCAUUGGAGAGAGAGAGAAAGAGGUCUGUGUAGAGCUCUAAAGUGGAGGCGUUCUCUUUCUGAAUCUGAAUUCUGUUGGUAUGGUUUUGUUGGCCAUGGUGCCCUUUUAAAGACAUAUAGAAAAAUGCAUGGUCUGAAUAUCCAGCCUCUGCUUUUCUUUUAAACUGGGGAGAAAAUGUACCUUUGAAAUGUCUGUCUUCUAUACGGUAUGGGGCUUUUCCUUUGCUUGUUACAGACUACGACAGGACAAAACAUCUGAUCAAUGUUGUGAUUUGGCUUUUUGAUUUAAGUCAUGAAUUUGCAAUCAUGUUGUUGUUGUGUUUUAUAUCAAAUCAAUAAAUUAAAUAUUGCUCAAA